UCUCUCUCUCUCUCUCUCUCUUCACUAGUGGCCACAAAUUUUAACACAGUCUCCGAUCUGUUUCUCUCUCUAGGCUCUCGGCGAAAGAUCUGUCUAAGCUCUUUCUUUGAUUUUUCUAUAUAUGGAGAAAGGGUACAACAAAGGGUACGGAACAAUCACACUCGAUUCUUCCGAUUGUACUUUCUUGCCCGGCAAGUCACCUCCUUUUCCUAGGGUUUCAGAUUCCAGCCUCCUUCUUCAUAGUAGUCAUCACCACGAUCUCAGUGGUAACAGUAACGCUGACAACCGAGAUAUGUUCCGGUUUCCCAUGAGUCUCGGUGGUCCACGCGGCGGCGGAGAUCUCCGUCAGGGUCAGCCGCCCCCGGCUGAUGAGCACCGCGUGGCCGUCGAUGAGGUUGACUUCUUCUCGGAGAAGAGAGAUAGGGUUUCACGUGAUAACACAGCCGACGAGACCAAUAGAGUUCACGUUAAAAUGGAGAUUUCACGUGUCGAAGAUGAUGACCGCUCCAGAGAUGUAAAUAUCGGAUUAAAUCUUCUGACGGCAAAUGCGGGAAGCGACGAAUCAACGGUAGACGAUGGAUUGUCAAUGGAUAUGGAGGAGAAACGUGCAAAGUCUGAGCAGAUGGUGCAAUUGCAAGGAGAGCUACAAAAGAUGAAGGAAGAGAACCAAAGGCUAAGGGAGAUGCUGAACCAAGCAAGCAGCAACUACAGCUCCCUGCAGAUGCAACUGGUUGCCGUCAUGAGACAACAAGAACAUCGUAACUCCUCUCAAGACCAUCUCCUGGGUGCGGAGGGGAAAUCGGACGGCAGGACAAGGCAGGAGCAGCCGGCGAUGGUGCCAAGGCAGUUCAUCGAUCUUGGACCUUUGUCCUCUGCGGCUGAGCAUGACACCGAAGUGUCUUCGGAAGAAAGGACGACGGUCAGAUCGGGAUCUCCCCCUCCGAUUCUCGAGAAUUCGAAUCAACGAGAUGACGGAAAGAGGUUGCUUGGGAGAGAAGCAAGCCCCGAAACCGAAUCCAACGGAUGGGGAAACCCCAAAAAGGUCCCCAAACACAAUCCUUCCGGCAACGGGAAUGGUAAUGUAAUCGAUCAGUCGGCUGCCGAAGCCACCAUGCGAAAAGCUCGAGUCUCAGUUCGUGCCCGGUCCGAAGUUCCCAUGAUAAGCGAUGGAUGUCAAUGGAGAAAAUACGGGCAGAAAAUGGCGAAAGGAAAUCCAUGCCCACGAGCUUACUAUCGUUGCACCAUGGCCGUUGGUUGCCCCGUCCGCAAACAAGUGCAACGUUGUGCGGAAGACAGAUCUAUCCUCAUUACAACCUACGAAGGGAACCACAACCAUCCACUUCCACCAGCCGCGAUGGCCAUGGCCUCAACCACGACAGCUGCAGCCAGCAUGCUUCUCUCCGGCUCGAUGGCUAGCCAAGAAGGCCUCAUGAACCCUACGAACCUCCUGGCUCGAGCCAUCUUCCCUUGCUCCUCCAGCAUGGCCACGAUCUCAGCCUCCGCACCUUUCCCAACCAUCACACUAGACCUCACCACCAACUCAGCAAACGCAGGCAACAACCCCAACCCUAACGCAACCGCAACAGCAACCGCUAACAACCCUUUGCUCCAAUUCGCGCAGCGACCCGGUUUCGCCGCGUCUGCGUUGAACCCCUCGGUGCUGCCUCAGGUGGUGAGCCAGGCUCUGUAUUAUAACAAUAACCAGCAGUCCAAGUUUUCCGGUCUGCAGUUGCCGGCUCAGCCGCUUCCGACGGCGGCAGCCACGGCAGCUAUCGCCGCAGAUCCCAACUUUGCGGCGGCUCUGGCGGCGGCUAUCACGUCGAUCAUAAACGGGUCGGGUCAUCAACCGAAUAGCGGCGGCGGCAACAGCAAUAAUAAUAACAGCAAUAAUGUCGCCACGACGAGCAAUGGUGACACGAGAUAAUGAGAGUUUUCUUGUCCUCUGUCUUUUCUCGUCAAAUAAUUUUCUUGGUUGGUCCGUCGAUUUAUUCUUUCGAAUCUUUUUUCAAGCUUUCUUAAUGUAAUUACGCUUUUGGGUAUGCUUUUGGUAUCCGAAGAACAAUGGUGUUAUGAACAUAUUUUUUUUUCUCUUUUUUUUUUUGUUGUUGUCGCGUCAUACAUUGCAGAAGACGAAUGAUCAUAGCUUAUCUCUGA